GAUACUCAAAGACAGUGAGUGGCCCAUGGUCCCUCUGCGUGUACGUCGCUGGCAGUCGACUCAACGCAGCUGACGCUCUCUUUGCACACCGGUCGACGCACUUUGCUAUUCACCCCAAGCAGCACAAGCGAACAAAUUGACGGCAAGAGAGGACCAAGAUGAACGAGAAGGGCGAACAAGCAUUCCCCAACAACAAGGGCCACCCGGAGCAUGAGGUGGAACUCAAGAGUUCAUGGAUGCUCAUCUCCAAGACACAUCUGUAUCUGGGCGCCGUGCUCGUGUUCCUCGUCGGCAUGCUUUCGGGCGGCGGCUACUACUACCGCACAUCGAUGAACCUCGCCGAGAGCCUCGGAGCCACCGCCGUCGUGCAGCCGUCCAACAACCACCCUACUGUACUCGUAACUGGUGGUCUUGGCUUUAUCGGCAGUCAUGUCGUGGAGGACUUGAUAGCCAAUAACUUCAACGUGGUUGUGUACGACGACAUGAGCAACGGCAAGAACUUUAACAAGGAUGUAUCGGCCGUGCUGGUCAAGGAUAUUACCGUGGUGAACGAUUUCUCGUACAUCGUCCACCAGAUCGACUACAUUGUGCACCUCGCUGCUGCCAUUUCCGUCGAGGAGAGCACAAGAUUACCGGAGAAAUACCAGCGUAUUAACGCUGAGGGAUCUCGCAAGGUGCUUGAUUGGGCAGUCAAGAACGGCAUCAAGCGUGUGGUCGCUGCCUCUUCGGGCGCUACCUACGGCACCCCGAAGGUUGAGGAUCUCCCGCUACGUGAGGAAUCCGCGACUGGCGGAAUUUGCGCGUAUGCCACGACCAAGUUUGAGAUGGAGCAACUUAUGGCUCAGUUCCACGAGCAGUUCGGUCUCAAGUCGACAGCUCUGCGUUUCUUCAACGUGUACGGACCUCGUCAAGACCCCCAUUCGUCGUACAGUGGUGUCGUCUCGUGGUUCAUGGAACAGGCCAAGAUCAACGGUACGUUGAAGGUGACAGGCGACGGUGACCAGUACCGCGACUUCGUGUACGUGAAGGAUGUGGCACGUGCCAUCCGAACGGCGAUGCUUCUUAAAGACGACGACUUUGACGUGUUUAAUGUCUGCACCGGUGUCAAGACCUCAAUCAACGACGUUGCCGUCGCUGUGAAGGCAAAAUUCGGCUCAUCGGCUGACAUUACGCACAUUGCGUACCGCCAGGGUGAUGUCAAGGAGUCGGUAUGUUCGCCUGUGAAGGCAUCCACCAAGCUGGGCUUCACUGCAAGCUACGACUUCCCUAAGGGUAUCGGCGAAACUCGCGACUGGUUCAUGACUGUGUAGGAGGUGUGAACUAUAUACACUCACUAUGCAAGACAGCCGGGAGACACUGGUUGCAUUGUAAGUAGAUAGCCAAUGUCUUCAAAAACUGCAACGGUGCGGCUUGGCUUUUGCAAAUGAUAAUAAAAAGACCGAGA